AUGUCGUUGAAAGCAGCCAUCAUGGCGUUGGGCCUGGCCACGGCUACAGUGUUUACUCAAGACAGCUCGCCCACGGAGCCAUGUGCUCGACUUAGUGCCAUAGCGACCGACAAGAAUACCACAUUCUUCCCAGCCGAUCUAACGCUUGCAUGCUUACGCUCAGUACCGCUUGCGAAGGCUGGCAAUCUACUUCAACUAUCUGGCCUGCGAGUCUUCCUUGAAUUCCAAAGCGAUCUCGAGUACCUCAAAGAUCCCGUCGUCGGUCGCAUAUAUCCUGGGGUCGAUCUGCUAGCCGGCGUGGAUAAACUUACAUCCUUGCUUGAAGAUGAUUCUUAUGAUAAUGAGUUCGACUUCCAGAUGGAUGUCUUCAAGCUCUUCUCAUCGGCAUAUGAUGGUCAUCUGGCGUACGUGCCCGACAUUCUGGACGUCUUUGUGUUCAGCAGGGUGCAGAGCGAGGAGUUGAGGGAUGAGGUUGCAGAUUAUUUCUCAUUGAUAUCGGUCACGACCGAUAACAACGAUCUUCCUGACGUCUAUGCAUACAGCGACGUAGCUGCUCUGGUCAAUCUCGACCAGUUCGAUUACACUCCUUCACCUCUUACACAGAUCAAUGGCGAAGACGUCCUGAGCUGGCUGAACAGCUAUGCGUCCCAGAAUGGCCGAUCUCAAGACCCUGAUGCAAACUACAAUGCAUUGUUUUUGAACGUCCCAACCCUAGCAUAUCAGGGUGUCGAGACAAGCCACUUUGCUGUGUCUAGGUUCUUCCAAGGCAACAAAACUAACCUCGCCUUCGCCAACAACACCAAUCGGGACGUGAUGACUAGAGCACAGUUUCUGGCUAACAAGACACUGGAGGGACUGACUGAUGGUGCAAGUUUCUUUGAUAGAUUUUGCACUCAGAACCUUACGGAGACGGUUUUGACUCAGACAGCCACACUAGUCAACGAAACACAGGAAGUACCCUCUGACCCGUCAUCGCCAGCCGACAAUUCACCACCUCAUCCAGCCUAUCCAAACCUUGUUAUCAACUCCUCCGAUAAUAGUGUUGCGGGCUACUUCUCUGAGACAUACGAUUACCUUGCGAUUCUCGCUAUAUCGAGUUUCUCGACAACUUCUGAGACGGAGUUUGAGGAUGUUGUACGUGACUUCUUGGAGAUGGCCAGUAACGACGAUCGAACAAGCCUUGUUAUUGAUCUUCGUGGUAACGGUGGUGGUUCCAUCUUUCUGGCUUACGACCUGUUCCGCCAACUGUUUCCACGAGAGGCCCCGUAUGGUGCAGGCAAUUACCGCGCAAACGAGUUGCACGAUUUUACUGGACGGCUUGCAAGCGACAAUAUAGCCCAGCUCCGUGCUGCUUACCCAGAUCUGGCCAAAUCUGGUGCUGACGGUGUGGUCCUGAACAGUUUCAACUAUCGCGAGCCUUUGACUGUAGAGAAUGAGGCAUUCACCUCCUGGCAAGACUUUUUCGGUCCACAUGAAAAUUACGGAGGAAACUUUACAUCUCUCAAUCGCUUCAAUCUAACGGACAUAUCUGCAACAACAAUACCUAUAUCCGGCUACGCAGAGAACGGAUCAGCCACCUCACAAUCCCAACCUUUCAUGGGCGAAAGCAUAGUCCUCUUACACGACGGUACAUGCGCAUCGACCUGCGCCAUAUUCAGCGAAUUCAUGUCCUCUCAGAUGGGUAUCUGGUCCGUGGUAGCAGGAGGAAGACCACAAGCCGGACCCAUGCAGGGCGUCGGCGGCGUCAAGGGCAGCCAAGUCCAAGGCAUGUUCGUCUUAUACAGUAUCAUCACGACCAUCAUCUCCACCGCUCCACUCACAGACCAACUCGGCUUCAUCGCCAAAUUCGGCAACAACGUUAUCGAAUCAACCACACAAGCACUUUCCCGCGCUGCUGCUGGAAGCUCGCUGUUCGUCCAAGCCAGUUUGAAUUUCCGAAAUAACAUCCGCGAAGGAGAUGAAUCAGAAACACCGUUGCAACAUAUUUACGAAGCAGCGGAUUGUAGGUUCUUCUAUACGGCUGGGAUGUAUGUCGAUCAAUCUGCUGUUUGGGACAAAGCGUACGAUGCUACUUGGGGGAGUAUGGAAUGUGUUGGUGGGUCCACCGAGCAUCCAUCUUCUGUCACUGGAGGUAGAAACAUCACUGCUGGGCCACCAGAUGUAGCGAGGAACUUCUUUGGAGGUAAUGGGACUAUGUAUAUGGGUGAGAUAUUCAACUCCACCACAUCCCAAGGAAAUAACACUAGUUCUGGAGGGGACGGAGAUGGCGGUGAUGGAAACAACGAGGAUUCCAAAGAUAAGAAUGGAAGCAUUAUGCUUUCUACACCUUGGCUACUGACUUUAGCGGUGACUCUGCUCACCAGCUUGCUUGUCCUCUGA